UUUCUCAGGCUCCGGUGGUGUUGGACUAACUACUAUAUCAUAUUGAAUAUUAUGGUGGCAGUGGCUCUCUGGUUUUUAUUUCUUCAUCUUCUCUAUCAUUCCUCCUUCUCUCUCCACCGAGUCGUUUGAGACGAGAGAUCAUCCUAUAUUGUCUUUCAUGUAGAAGUUGUACUUUUUAUUUCUUUUUGGAACUCAAGAGAGAACAGGCAAAAACUGAAUCAAUACGAAGACAUAAGCAAGGAGGACUAUAAGCAAUGUUCAGCCGUCUUUGUCGGCCGAGCCACCGGUUGAGCCGCAGGCUCUUAACCGAGCAAUCACGCCAAUUUGCGGCUGCCGCAAAGAUUGAGCAGAAUGAGUUCGUCACGAAAGCGCUAGCUGCUGGAGGCACAAAGGGCAGCAUUGCAGCUGUCAUUGGUGCGGUCGUCGACGUAAAAUUCGACGGAGGAAAGCUGCCACCGAUCAACCAGGCUUUGGAGGUAUAGUACGCCGGUCUUCUGCACUUCCACGUUUAUUAAUUGCGGCUUUGGAGGCGUAAGGCAUCAAAGCCUCUACUUAUCACAAGAAGUGAGUUGUGACUGGACUCCCAGGUGGAAGAUGUGCUUCCUUCAGAAGGAUUAGAAUACGUGAACUUUAACACGAUGACGAAAACAAAAUCAGUACUCUACCUAUCUGAUAGACAGGAAGUACUCGACUUACCCGAAGAUAGAGUGAUAAUCACAGGAAGUGAGUUGUGACUAAACUCCCAGGUAGAAGAUGUGCUUACUUCAGAGGGCACACGCGGACGACUUGUCCUGGAGGUGGCUCAGCACUUGGGCGAAAACAUCGUCCGAACGGUAGCGAUGGAUGGAACAGAAGGUUAUGAAGGGAUGUCCUGAUGGUGCAGGAGGAUUGAUACUUCUUCAAGAACAUCCUAGCGCAACUGGCUCGAUUUUUUUAGCUGUAUAUUUCUCUUGUUCUAGAGACGUCAACUACUCUACCUGAUUUUUACUUUCAUAUUUAUGGUAAGUGAGUCUUCCUAGUAGAUGCAUGUAGAUUUUACAGGAGUCAACCGAAGACUUGUGGAUGACACUACUGCUACUGGCUUGAAGACAAUAGCACUGAAUUCUACAUGACAGUGGAACCAGCAACGGUAGGCCUACUCUCACAAUCAGAACGACUUUCUCAUUGGUAACAUAGUGCUAAUUACUUUCACAGUACUCACUGUACAGGCAUCAGCUAGAAAAUGUUUUUGUUUUUUUGAAUUUCGCCUCCUAGGCUCUAAGACCUUCUGACACGAGGCCAGGGUGUGAUAGACGCGGGUGCACCGAUCACGGUGCCAGUGGGCGAGCCAACCUUGGGACGCAUUAUAAAUGUGCUAGGUAUAAAAUGAUUUUCCGUCGUGCAAUUUUUCGUGCUCUGUAUGGAUCUCGUCGUUGUUCUAGUCACUGUGUAAGUAUAUCCUUGUCGUCGCAUUUAGGUGAGCCGAUCGAUGAUCAAGGACCAAUUGCGAAGGGUGGUGCCUUUGCGCCAAUCCAUAAACCGAGUCCGACAUUCGAACAGCUUGGUGCUGGCGGAACCCAGCUGGCCACAGGAAUCAAUUAUGGGCAGACGUUUCUAUAAAUGUGAUUUUUAGCAAAUCACCUUUAUUGUGACGGAGAAGUCCCCAUGUGCAUGGAGUUUCCGUUAUUUCGUCGUUCGAAUAUUUCAAUUCUGCAGCAAUUCUACACAAUAAUCAAUAGUCGUUUAUUUGUUCGCAAAGAUGCAGUCGUUUUGUUCGCAGAGAUACCAACCAACGACACAAAUUCGCUCGAUUUGAUAUCGCCAGGAUAUUGAGUCAUUGCUACCCUCAAGACCCUGCACCGAUUUUAGCACCUGACCACACACACCACACGCCUCAACAAUCUUUCUAAUUCCUGGUGAUCGACCUUCUGGCCCCUUACGCCAAGGGUGGGAAAAUUGGUCUCUUUGGGGGUGCAGGCGUUGGAAAGACAGUCGUCAUCAUGGAGCUCAUCGCAAAUAUCGCCACGCAUCACUUAAGGCUCGUCUCACGAUGCUUCCAAUAUUCCAAUUUCUCUCCUAAGAGGAAGAGACGUAACUUUGACAAGGUUCAGUUUCUUUUUAGGAGGUAUUCAAGCGGUGUCAAAGAUGCGCCCCCGCAGGAGUCCCUUAAGGGCAUGACGCGGCUACUCUUUCUUGUUGAGGGAUCUCCACAGGGGUGAGGUAAGUAGGAAUAUCACCUCUAAAUCGCGGUGGUUUCUCGGUGUUUGCAGGUGUAGGCGAGCGAACGCGUGAAGGCAACGAUCUGUAUUGGGAGAUGAUCGAGGGUGGCGUCAUCACGCAGGGAGGAGGACAUGGUGUUUUUAGUUGCGUGCUUAGCCAAUUGCGGUUCUUGAAUGUUGAAGAAGGAUAAUAAAUCAUGUAGAUUUCUAAAUUUUCUAAAAAGCAUAUUCAGUGGAUGUGGAAAAAAAUUCUGAAAAUCUGUACAAUACCUACUGCACCUACUACAUUACUGCUGCAACGACUCUAGUGCUACGAAGCCUACCACAUCAACACUACCACACUGCGUGCAGCACAUUACCCCUAGACUCUUAAUUCUCCUAAAAACAUAACCAACAUACAGGUUCCAAGGCAUGCUUAGCAUUCGGUCAAAUGAACGAGCCUCCGGGUGCUCGUCAGCGUAUUGCCUUGACCGGUCUCUCCCUAGCAGAAUACUUCCGAGAUGAGAUGAAUCAGGACGUGCUCUUUUUCGUCGACAACAUUUUCCGGUAUUUUUUUUAUGUCUAUUAAGUACUAAGACGACUGCUAUUCUCACUAUUCGCACACGUCAAUCUAAAAGAAGCUGCUAUUUUCACACAGAUUCACCCAAGCCGGAGCAGAAGUGUCAGCACUUUUGGGUCGUAUUCCGUCCGCUGUGGGUUAUCAGCCGACUUUGGCGACUGAUAUGGGUGGCAUGCAGGAAAGGAUUACAACGACCGCAACUGGCAGUAUCACGUCAGUGCAGGUACUUACUAGGAUAUUAAUAGAAGCAGAGUAUUUUUGAACACUCACUCCAUGGUUUCACCUUUGGUUUUGUUAGGUAGCAACAAAAAGACACUGAAGACGAAGUACUUGGUAUUCAAAUUCACCGACUUCUUCUCAACAAAAAGACACUGAAGACUACUUGGUAUUCAAAUUCACCGACUCCUUGUCAUCUUCUUCUACAACACUGAUGUUACAUCAAGAAAUCAUCAUCAUCAUCAUCCGAUUUCUUCCACAUUUAUUCGUCCACCACAGGCGGUUUACGUCCCAGCAGAUGAUUUGACCGAUCCAGCACCAGCGACGACAUUCGCUCACUUGGACGCAACGACAGUGCUCAGUCGUGAAAUCUCCGAUUUAGGUACUCAUCUCUAUUUUCUUGUUCGGAUAGUUAGGAUAUCGUUUAAGUAGAAAAUGAGGCAGAGCAACAAUCUUGUGAAGAAUCAUUUCGACUCUGAGGCUGAUACAAGGAAAUUUUCAUUCAUCUUCAUCCAACCAUCCAUCCCUCAAUCCAAACACGCAGGUAUCUACCCCGCAGUCGACCCAUUGGAUAGCACGAGUCGAUUGAUGGAUCCGGAACUCAUCGGCGAAAGACAUUACUCAGUAGCCCAAGCAACAAAAAAGAUCUUGCAGGACUACAAGAAUUUGCAGGAUAUCAUCGCAGUGUUGGGUCUUGACGAGUUGUCAGAAGAAGACAAGGCCACUGUCAACCGAGCUCGACGAGUGCAGAAGUUCAUGUCGCAACCAUUCAGCGUGGCGGAAGUGUUUACAGGUACUGAUUUGUCUUUGCGCUUCCUCUUACCAUCCUUCGGGAUCAUAUCAGGAACUGUUUUGUCUUGCCGAAGGUUGAGAAUAACCUUUUGCGACACGACAAUGAUGAUGAUAAAAGAUGGUCACACUUAUCAUUCCUUCAAGAUGUUGGUACCACGUCGAGUGUCAAUUUUCAAUCUUUUCGAACAGUAGAGCAACAUUUUGUCUAUGUUUUGGAUGUUCACAUUGCUGAGAGAGAUCUGGAUGGCACAGCGUAUGGUUUCUGGAGAUCUUUCUUACCUCCACUACACUUUUCUACUUUAUAUGAGAUGUGAUCUUAUAAUCGGGAAACUUUCUCUCAUCUUCAAAGGGAAAAACCCCAUUCCAAAUAAACAGGCGUCUCCGGUGAAUUCGUCGACCUCGAAACGAUCUUGAGCGAUUUCGAACGCAUGCUCAAGGGCGAUAUGGACCACUUGCCGGAAUUGGCCUUUUUGAUGAUCGGUAAACUGGAUAUGGCAGAGGAGAAGGCCAUGAAGGCGCUGAAGGAUAUCAGAGGCUAAGAGGAGAGGGCGCUGAAGGAUACUACAACGGGGUAAGAUUCUAGCUGAUCGGGGUGAAUAGGUGAUGGUAGUGUCACAGUAUCAGUGCAGGUCAGUCGUCAGUGCUGCGAUGAAAGGACUUAGCGAUCAGCGUGACCAAGGGUAGGUUGCAGGACACGCAGAGCAGGCAAAGGUGGUUUUGACUCUGGGGUGCACUGCUCCGAGAAGGGGAAAACGCAGCUGACCUCCGAAUUUGUAGGUGGGUUCGGGUUGCGAGUACAACUAGGUAGGAACGAUCUGCAGGUCGUCGCUUCUGUGGCAGGAGAGGGAGAGGCUUUUUCAUCGGAAGUGCAUUCAGUGAUAGCCUUGUCUUGAUGUAACGACAGCAAAGUAUGUCUUGUUUCAAGUUUUUAGUUCUAGUCGUAUGUGUAUCGAACAAUUAUAAGUAACUCAUUUUUUUUUGUAAGUAGGGUGCGGAUUUUUAUGACUUUUCUUGAUUACGAAUACUCUGUGGCUUCUUAUAUUUUCAUCGAUCUUUGCUAUCGACAAUGGUGUGGAGAUGAUCAUCGAAUAUUUGAUCUACUGACCUGAUUUUCUUGAUAGACCUUAUGCUUGUUAUGAUUACGAAAUACACAUCAAUAUAAAUCCUUACUGUAUUUUCAUCUUCAUUUAGUCUAGUAGAUUGCUUUUUUCACAGUACUAUUGUCUAUUCGCGAUAAGUUAUCGACAAAGCUUCGAGCAGCGUUUGGAGCUGCAAAAAGAGAAACCCCUUGAUAGAGAGAUGUGUGAGAAAUGGUAGGAAAGUAAUAAACGUCCAAGUUGUAAGAAAAGAUGGACCGAAUAACGAAUGCCACAAAUGUUUUGUACGCUGUGAAGAGCACUUUUAUGAAAUAGAAUACUGUAUUCUUGCGGUCGUUUGUUGGUUUCUGAAUUGAUUCUGAGUCGUUGUAAGAAUCGACGAGCUAACCUUUGUCGAAAAUAGACCGAUAUUGUGGUCGUUCGUUUACUCAAUGCUGCGCCUCGGUGGGCAGUAACAGACACACGCAGUCUAGUGAUGAGUAUCAAAGGAGAGUCGUUGGAAGUGCAUUUUCUCCCAAAACUCGCAAAAAGGGACGUGCUUCCAACUGCAAACGUAACCAAAAAGACCGCCUGUUAGUUCUUUGUUCUUCUGGAAAA